AUGUCUAACAACCAACAACAAGAAGUCUCUCGUAAGAGAAAAUCAACAAACACCAAUGAAGAUAAUGUUGCUCUCACACUCUCCUUGGGUAUCCCACCACCAGUCUCUCCUCUUUCUGGAUCUGCACAGCAAACAGGGCCGACGAGGGUUACAAGACGUAACCCAACCAAGUACCAAGAUGUACCACAACCUUACCCAUGGGCCACUACCAAAAGAGCCACAGUACAUACACUAGACCAUCUCGACUCUCUCCAAAUCAAAACUAUCUCUGGUCAAAUGCAAUGCAAGAAAUGUGAAAGAGAGUAUGAGAUGGAACUCGACUUGCAUGAGAAAUUUAUCGAAAUCGCUUCAUUUAUGGCCAAAAACAAAUUCGCUAUGCGUGACCGAGCCCCUGCUAAUCUCAUGAACCCAGCUUUGCCAACUUGUAAGUUCUGUGACCAAGAAGGCAGUGUCAAGCCCGUGAUUUCCGACAAGAAGAAGACGAUUAACUGGUUGUUUUUGUUUCUGGGACAAAUGCUAGGAUGUUGUACACUCGAACAAUUGAAGUACUUCUGCAAGCACACCAAGAAUCAUCGCACUGGAGCCAAAGAUCGUGUUCUCUAUCUCACUUAUCUCGCCAUUUGCAAGCAGCUAGAUCCAAGUGGUCCCUUCGAUCGUUAA